CUAUCACAAUCCCGAUGCAUCGUUCCCAAUAGUCUUGAGCGCCGUCGCUCUCUAACCCCACUACCACCUGUCAACAUGGGGAACCAACCCAGUAGCACGAAUCACAACAAGCUUUCCAAACCGAAGACCAACACCAAUUCCGCAAGUGGAGCUGUAAAGGUCGACUCACCACAGCCCAUAACUUCGCGACCGGCAGACCUCAGCCCUGAAGGGCGCCAGCAAAUCAAAGACGCCCUACUUUCACCUACUGCCACCGAAUUCGACCCCAACAUCUGGAUGCACAAGGAUGAUGGUUUAGGGGAGAUUGCGAAGACGCGUGGUCGUGCAUCGACAGUCGCUUCGAGAUCAAACUCGCGAACCAACUCCAGGACCAAUUCACGAUCGAAUUCAUUGUCGUGUUUUGGAAGUAAACAAGGCUCCGCAGCUCAGCUUGCUGGUCUGGCGGAUUCAAAGCUGUCUUUGGCUUCUGUGUCACAUGUCGAUAUCGCUGAGGCAAUUCGACUUCUACAACAAGUCAAAAAGAAUGGUACGCCAGAAGAACUUGCGGCGCUGCAAGAAGUGUUAGAAGCACCUGAAGAGCAUGCACUGCCAGUGACUGAGGCACCCGUCAGUCGAAGAACUUCGUUAGUUGACAGGUCUUCUUCUUCGCUCACACGUCGACAAUCAAUCAUCCAGACGCCUGGAGUAGGCACCAGACAUUCACCAGUUGAAGGGCGCCGGAGGACGUGGAAUUCGUGGAAAGCUCCCAAACUCGAUGCCGAAGAAGAGGCAAAAUGGCAGUCCAAGCCGAAGGGGAACUCUCACUUGGCCCCUCAGACAGUGCUUCGUUUGUCUGACGAAGCUCGUGAGUCCACUACUGCUCGAGCCGUUACACCUUCGGAGCAGGACUAUGCGCAUCUGGGAAGCUUGAAGCUAGGAACUCUUGUAGUCACGAAUGGCGCAGCAUCGCCCGUACCCAGCGCAAGAGCUCUUGAAGGGCAAAAGUCAGUGGACGAUGACUACUUCUCAGCAACGGAAGCCAGCUCCAGCCCACUUAUUAUGAAGUCCACACGUCGACGGGCCCAUACAAGGAGCAAGUCAGCUGUUGUCUCAACGCCUUCCCCGCUCUACGAACUGGAAGCAAACGAAAUGCCCACUCCUUAUGAUCCAGAGAUUACGGCUAGUGGUGUUUCAGCUGAGUCGGUCUCUUGUCCAAGGGAGCCAAACCCGCUUACCGAAGACGAGUCUCAAAAGUCCCAUCGACAUUCGCACCAGCGCAAGCAGAGCGCAUCUGAAAUUGCAGAGAGCUAUCAAGCCGACAUACCAUUAAGCCCUUUCUUCGCAUCCGAGGAAACCGCUAUGUUCUUCCGGCCAGAAAACAGUGAUUCGGCUGAUAUAAUGAGAACUCCUCGCAGUGUCAGGGAGACUGCCGUUGAGGAACCCAAGCCUCAGCCUGAGAUCAAAGUUUCGAAUCCUUCUGCAACAUCAAAUGCGCCCACCGCGCCGAAACCAAAGAGCAAGGCUAAUCAGAGACCACCACCACGAACGACCGAUUCUGGUUACUCAUCCGCUGUGAGUCUCAGGAAAAUGGGUCAAGAACAGUCGGAGAACGCUACCUCGAUCCUAUGUCAUCGGUGUAGCGAUUCUCCUCAAAUGUUCGAUGCAAGCCAGGAACAAGGAAUUCGACGUUCUGUCCUUGCAAAGAAGAGUCACCAGGACGCCGACCUGUCGUCUGCAAACAGUGACUCUGAUGGACACUCACCAGCUCGAGCUACACGGCACGCACAGAUGGCCCACCAUGUACCAGCGCUGAACAGCCCAGUUCCGUCUACUAGUUCUUCUGCCAGGUCUUCGGCGUCGGAGUCUCUGGACUCACCCAACACGCCUAGAUCCCUUGGUUCGCGAGCAUCGUUCGACAGUGCAUCUUCGAAGUCGCAGAAGCGUUUCCAUAAGCGGCGCCAGUCACAGCCGGAGCACCCAGUUGUUCAGUCCUGCCAGCCAAUUCCAGAAGGGACAAUCCCUGAGGUGCCAACCAGGGUGCGUGCCAAGUUUGAACGACGCGUAUCGAACACCCCAGGAAUCGAUUGCUUGACGCACACCUAUCCAACAAAGGAACAUGUUGUCGCAGACGAGCCUGCUGAUCACGGCCCUGAUCACGGCCAAACCGAAUUCAAGCAGUUGGCUGAGUUGGAGCCAGAGCGACCACCUACGCCCCCUGCUCAUGGUCGUCGAAGGAGUCUAUCAUUCUUCCGGAGAAAGUCUUCAUCUGGAAAGAACCAGGUUGAGAAAGAACCUGAGCAUGCCGCACUCGACGUGGUUCAUCUGGGUACUAUCACCACGUCUCUUGGUAAUUCCCCGUAUGAUAUUGCCACACCCGACAUUCGCAGGGAGAGCGUGAGUUCUCCUACCCACCCGCACCAACUUGGCAAUUCUUUGCCCCGAGCAAAGUCUAUGGUGAGCAUGGACAGCAAGGCUGCGGCGGAGUUUGCGCGCCUCCAUAGCAAGGAUCUAUCCGUCGCUGGACGGAAGCCACCUCCCCAGCAGCGACGAAAAAGCUACCACAGUCUGCACAGGGAAUCCGGCGAGGCCACUGCUUCGAAGCUUCGCCCGCAGAGCGUCGAUGUGCCACCAGUGCCCUCUAUCGACACUACCAGGCUUACCGUUCCGAAACCUGUUAAGCCUCAGGGACCCCGGGCCGCUCCCAGCAUGAAUUCUCGCAGCCAGAGGAUGUCCCAGCCUGUGGGCAAAUACGACUCAAUCCCGCAGAGGCUUUCCCAGACUCCCGUGAGUUGGGAGACGCACUCGCAGAUCUGGAAGCAGCGCCGUAGGACUUUGGGAGAACGUUUGUAUUCAGACGUCAACUUGGACAUGGGAUCAGAAUCGGAUCUCACAGCCGUCAAUGGAACCCCAGUCGAGGCGACUCCUCAAAGAAGCCCCCAGACAACUCCACCAAAACAAGCCAAGGCUCCCAACAACAUGUCGAAAUGGGAUCGGUUCAGUGGGGGAUUGGAGUACAACUACGAACGCGGGGCAGGCAUCGGAGGCAGCGCAGCACCCAUCACCAAGGGCAUGGCACCUUCUGCUCUCACGACUACCGAAGAAUACCAGUUCCCGUUGAAAGACAUACAGUCGUUCAGCACCUAUCCCGCUGGUAGUGUUGACAAUCAUGGCGCCUGGAAAUCCAAGCAGCUGAUUGCCGACGCUCUCAAGAGCCGUGUCGAGGCUAUUGAUCCUGAUACCUGCAGUGUGGGCGAGGAAGAUGCCUUCUUCGUCGCCGACCUGGGCGAGGUCUACCGCCAGCAUCUGCGCUGGAAGAAGAAUCUAGGCCGUGUCAAGCCGCACUAUGCCGUCAAGUGCAACCCUGACCCCCAAGUGCUGCGCCUUAUGACUGCGCUCGGCCUCGGCUUCGACUGUGCCUCGAAGAACGAGAUUGAGACAGUGCUCAAGUUGGGCGUCGACCCUUCCCGCAUCAUCUAUGCGCAGCCCUGCAAGACCAAGUCUUAUGUUCGCUACGCCGCUCAGUCUGGUGUCAAGCAGAUGACAUUCGACAAUGCUGAUGAGCUCUACAAGACCAAGCAGCUCUUCCCCGACGCCGAGCUGUACCUGCGCAUCCUGACUGAUGACUCGGCCAGCUUGUGCCGACUCAGCCAGAAAUUCGGCGCUGCUUUGGACACGACUGCAGAGCUCUUGGAGCUAGCCAAGAAGUUGGAGCUCGAUGUUGUUGGAGUUGCGUUCCACGUUGGCUCUGGCGCAUCGGACCCCAAGGCUUUCAUCAAGGCUGUUCAGGACGCUCGGUUUGUCUUCGACCAGGCGUCUGCGCUCGGCUUCAACAUGCAUACCCUGGAUGUGGGCGGCGGCUUUACCGGCGAUGUCACCUUCGAGCCCAUGGCCGCAGUCUUGUCUACUGCCUUGGAUGAGUACUUCCCGCCCCACAUCCGCGUCAUUGGGGAGCCUGGACGCUACUAUGUCUCCACGGCCUUCACCAUCGCGUGUCACGUCAUCGCUCGUCGCACUGUUACUGAUGCUACCCUCGGCACUACUUCAUACAUGCUGUACCUCAACGACGGUGUCUACGGCAACUUCUCCAGCAUCAUCUUCGAUCACCAGCACCCUGUGCCGCGUGUACUGAAGAACGGCAACGACGUCCUGUACGAUGUGCGUCGUUCUGGAUACGACACUCCGUCCCAGGUCGAGUACUCCAUCUGGGGUCCGACAUGCGACGGUAUCGACGUCAUCUCAUCCUCAUGCACCUUCCCCGAGUUACUCGAUGUCGGUGAUUGGCUCUACUUUGAAGAAAUGGGCGCAUACACCAAGUGCUCUGCUACUCGCUUCAACGGCUUCAGCGACAGCCACGAGGUUGUCUACGUGUGCAGCGAGUCUGGUGCUGCCGCUCUUAUGGACAUGUAG